AUGGAGGCGAUAUUCUCUUCGAUUCCUGGCUCCCUGAAACCGGCGAAGUGGUUCAGCUCGAUCACGCUGAAACAGGGCGUGGAGAAGAUGUUGAUGCACUACAUUCCCGAAGUGAAGCGCGUGCUGAACAAGGGAGACGAAGAGCUUCCGCUAGAGGAGCGAGAACGGCAGUCGAACGCAGAGCGAAAGGAGAUGGAGUAUCUGGACAAUUUCAAUAAGGAAUUGGAUCGAAUGAUCGCCGAAGAGAAGGCGCGAAUCAAAGAGGAGGCGAAGAAGAAGCUCGAGAAGUUAUAAGAACAACACAUCGUGCUCAAAA